CUGUGCGUCCACAAUAUUACGAACGACAGAAUUAUAAGUGUUUCCAUAACACGCAAAACGAAAUAUGGAAGAGUAUCGGCAAUUUUACAAUUCAAUGAAACCUCGGCGGAAAAAAAUUACCAUAGAUUGCAAGUAAAAUUGGAAACGGUUGCUUUUCACUUCAAAUACGAUAAACAUGGAUUUUAAUCGAAGAGGAUGUUCUUGUUAACAGUGACUUGUGGAUGCUCUAUUGCCGCUUAUGCAGGUAAAAUGGCCAGGUCAAAUGUUUAUGUAAAUAUAGACAUUUCAAGUAAAAUAUGGAAAAAUAAUUCAUAGUUGCUACAAAAUACCAUAGUGGUUAUUCGCAACCAGAGAUAAACUUUCACUACCAAACUCAUCGUCUGAGGCGCGCUGUAUUACCAACAGGGUUGAUGCAACGCUUGGCAAGCGAGAGUUCUCUUUUUAAUUUGAGGAGGUCUCUUUUUAAUUUUUGACUUGUAUGGUGGAUUAUUUUAUUAACAAACGAAUGUUUUGCGAAAAAUAAAAGGCCCCUAGCGGUUUAAAACGCGUUAGGUCAUUUAGAUUUAUUCGCAAUUGUAUUUAACCGGGAUUCUGGAGGUUACCGAAUCCCGCCUGUCUCGUUGGGGCGAUUGUUUGCAAACAUGUUCACAGCCACAGUGUUGUUGAAAAAAACUCGGAAUAUUUAGGCAAACAUGUGAAUAGUGCUGGAGUUAGGGUUGUUCGGAUAAAAUGGGAAGUCAGAACACUGCGUCGGAAUCCGACUUCAAUGUGUUGCAGUUUGAGAAGACGUUAAAUACUUUGAAAGACUCGCAAGAGAGUAUCAAUAGCUGCUGCCAGUGGUGCCUAAAAAACAGGCAGCAUCACAAAAAAAUCGUAAACGCGUGGUUGAACGUUUUAAAACGUGUUAAGGUGGAACAGAGACUUAUUUUGUUUUAUCUGGCUAAUGAUGUCGUGCAAUAUUCCAAAAGAAGGAACUAUGAGUAUGUGGAGAGUUGGGGCACAGCAUUACAGAAAGCGACGACGAUGGUCAGGGAUGAUAGAGUAAAACACAAAAUAUUGAGGAUAUUUAAAAUCUGGGAACAGAGAGCAGUUUACGGGGAAGAAUUUAUAGCAGACCUCUGUGGGCUCAUCAAUGUCACCCCGACAGGGGUAAAAAAUGAUGAACCCCAUGAAUUUCAAGCAACUUACGUCGUCAACAAAAUUAAAACAUGUGCUAACUUGGAAAAGGACACGGACGCCAAGUUAGUGGUCUUGAGGGAGCAUAACCCCAAAAUUCAGGUCUCGGAGAAUUUGAUAACAUCUUUGAAAGAUCGCGCGCACGUGGAUGAUGUAGAAAAAGAGAUGGAAGUUUAUGUCAAGCAUAUGGAAAGUUAUAUAAACGCGUUAAAGGCUGAGAUCAAAAGUAGGAUAGCUCUGAUAUCAGUGCUGAGACAGGCUGACACCCAAUUGGAGGCCGAUCGCAAGGAUGUCAAACUGGUUGCUCAUGCCUAUAAAAUGUUUGGGCAGAGAGUGAAGACUUUCCAAAAAAAACUGGAAGAACAUAUGGCAACCCUGCCCAGUCCUUUGCCUUCGCCAGACAUAAAUGCUCCCUCGCCUAGUCCUGAUUCCGAUCUUGAGUUACCGGAAGACAAUCUGCCGGCUAAAACUACUAAUUCUGAUACUCAGGUGUCAGUAAUUGGUGUCGAAACAAACAUUCAUUAUGUCAACGCGGGUUACUACAAUCCCGUGACGAAUACUAUCACGACGUGCUCAAGCGACACCUCCACCAGUUUCACCACCAAUGGGUUCACCAGUUUUAUCGGAACGAACAUGUCCUUCGAUGUGUCAACGAUCGACAGCUCAGCGCUGUUUAGCGCGGCGGACAAUAGUCGAGACGGCUACGGGGGGGCGUCGGCGGGCGUCGCGACGUCCCUCCCCGCAGACGCGCCCGCCUCGGCGACGCCCUACGCGUCUAGCCAUCUACCGCUCGCGCCACCCCCUAUGCCCCCAUUCACCAAAGCUGCAAACAAUUUCGGCAGCGAGUCAGGCGAUUUGAACGGCCCCAUUUAUGGUACGGCGUCGAACUUUCAAUCAACCACGACGUAUACCGCGGACGUUUACGUGCAGGAAGGAGGCGCGGGGACGCGGGAUUCGUCUCAGUUCAGUUACCAGCAGACGCGGGACGCGGAAGUCCCAUAUCAGCCCGACGCCUCCGCCGCCUCCGAGGAGUACGACCCCGCCGACUUGCCUGUAGGUUGGCCGGACGAAGGCAGCUGGCCAAACGCCAAAGACACGAUGGACACGCCUGAGAGCCCGCCCACAUUUGAGAAGGAGGGCUACGCCGACCCCAUAGAAUACCACGACAACAGUGGACAGAGAGGGGCAACAGACGUCGAUCAACGGGUCCUGCCCGGCAUGGGGGACAUUGAAGACUCGUUGAGCAGUUUGGGCGGUAAGGACGUUGACCACCGGAACCUGAUCAGCCUAACGGGGUCGCCCGCGCCCACGGAGAACGCUCCGCCCCCUCGACCGCCUGACGCUGCAGAUGAUAUCUGGAAGGGCCGUGAUCAGGACUACAGACAACUGUCGAAUCCACCUCGCUCCGACAAGGAUUACCGGUUGCAGUUCAAUUUGGACCUACCGCCGCCACCGCCCCCGCCUCCUAAAUCUCCGAAUCAGAGUUCGCAACGGCCUCUGCCAUCCAUUAUGGAUAUGGACAUCAGGAACCCUCCGCUCCCGCUCUCGGCUCUGAUAAGCCCGGCCCGUAGGAAGGAGAGCAACGUUGAGAGCAUAGACAUGGAUCUGAGCGACGAGGACAUGGAAAGCAGAAUGUUCAGGCAGGAGAGCAAUGGCAGUCGUAACGAUCUAGGCGGAGGAUACCAAGAGGGUGGCACAGCGAGUUUAGGCUCCGACGACCAUUUCUCCCUUCAACCGCCGCCUCCGCUACCCGACCUGCUGGACGACGUGGAUGUUGACGCUAAUCAAUUCCUUGACGACCUCUCCAACGACAUAUUGGAGUUCGGUAAGCUGUCGACGGAGUUAAAACGGACAAAGGAUACGAAGAUUGAGGCGAACAUGUGGCAACUACCUCCGGGUAUGCCGCCGUCAAACGUGCCUCCACCUGGAAUGCGGCCCCCUGGUCUACCGCCACCCAGUAUGACAGACGGCCACAUGCGACUCGAUAGACAAGACUCGAUACCGCCGGGACCUCCCAUGCCCCCCAUGAACUUUUUCCCAUUGGGGCCAAUGCCGCCUCCUCCGCCGGAUCAGCAGAUGGAGAUGCCCAAGAGCGGGUUGCUACUCACGCCGCCCCUCCUACCCAAUCCGCCGACGAUGGACAUGAAUCAGCCGCCGCCCUCGAUGUCCGGUACGUGGAUGGGCGAUCAACCGCCCCCGCCCUGGACGCAGCACUCGCCAAGCCACGCCCCGCCCUUUGACGAUUCGUACACCGAGGACGGCCAGUACUUUGAGGCUGCGGACAACACGGGGGCCUCCGACGUCAACUUUAACAAUUUUAGGGAGUUUAGGGGCCAUGGACAAGGAGGCGGUUUCCGGGCCAAUGACAGUUGGGACUGGAGUGGCGUCGGCGGCAGGCCUAGAGGUGUUUUCCGGGCUGGAAACAGGACCCGGGGUAACAGGGGACCGCGCAGGUCACGCGGCAACUUCAGGAGCCCAUAUCGUGGGGGCGCGUACUGAUGAGCCAAAGGUGGUGAGAAGGCCGCGGAGAUAUCGCGUAAAGACUCGUUUAUUUAUUUUGUACUGUAAAUACCUCUAAUUUGCGUCGUUUUUAGACGAACCGAGCGAUUUUAUAGGAUAUAAUUAAAACCACUCG